CAACAUUUGAAUACAUACCGACAUCUUGUCUUCUCGAGGACUCUCCAGCUAUUGCAGAAAAAAUGAUCCGUACAUGUUCAGAUAGGAAGUGGAAGCAAGUAUUGGGAUUUGAUGAUGGGUCAUACGCCGGCCCUGCUCAGUAUUCCGAUAUGCCAGAGGUUGUCACAGAUCCUGUGAUGACUACAAUAUCGUCAUAUCCCCGCCUACCAAGUAUGUAUCUUUUUCUUUUGGUCCUAUUAACAGUACUUCAGUUCCAGCGGUCGACAAAAAGGGCCCGAAAUUCUUCAUCUCGACUUUUCUUACUGUUAGAAAUAACGUGUUCUAAUUUGCAAUAGGAGAUAUAACAUUUUACAAGAGAAAAGAUGAUAUUGUUCUGAGUCCCUCGCCCCCAGCACCUUCGCCGAACGAUAUAAAACCCCUCCCCUCACCGCCUCAUCUAUUUUACAUCAGCCUACAAGAUGAAUCUUCGCCCUACGGAUACACACGACAACCCGAAAUCCUCCUCCAUAAUGGCCCAUCAAAAUCCUCUCCAGUUCUAUCCUACAUUGAAUUUCAAAAUUCAUCAAUGAAAUCAGACAUCACAAUGUCUCCAUGCGACGCCAACAGCUCCUCCACAUACCGCACAAUCUCCUUCCCCAGUUCCCCAUCAAGUUCUAAUUCAUCCUCUUCGAAUCUCCCAAAACCACGUACCGAACGUCUUUCUCCUACCGGUGGGAUGUUCUCCACCGAAAAAUUCACAUUCUCAUACACCAACCCGCGCUCGUUUGUCCGCGAACGAUUCGAAUGGCGAUACUCAUCUGGUCCCUUCAUCCGCACUUCAGAAGGAAGGAAAGAAAGCGGCGGUCUCAAACUUAUUCGUAUGAGUAAUGGUGAAACUAUUGCUGUGUACGCAGGACUUGCUGGAACGAUGAAAGCCUAUGGGAAUAGUAAAAGGGUCUUGGGAAUGUUUCGGUUUCCGAAUGGGAAGGUGGUGGGGGGCCUGGGAGAGGAGUUCGAGGUUCUUGCUGUGAUGAGUAUUCUUGCUAUUGUUGAAAGGAGUCGGAGCGGGUUGGGUGGUCAGAAAAGGGAAUUUGGGAUUAGAUCCUAGAUCUUCCUUUGUGGGAUGAUUUGGUUUUAGUGUGGUUUGAGGAGAUGGGUGAGAUGGAAUCUCAGAGGGUUUCUAGUGUAUAACCGGGUUCUGAUUUUGGGGCGUUCAUAUUGAUGUGUAUUUAUACAUCGGGGUUUGAGAAAUAGGUUCUGGUUUUCGAAAGUGGAGUUUCGUGGAUUUUUUUGUUGUUGAAUGGGUGUUCAGCAAACGGGGACUAAUUAGUCGCGUACGAAAGUUUGGAAUUAGU